UUAUUUGUUGCUUCUGCUUUUUCCGUGAGUGCGUGAGAUUAUGAACGGGCAGAUGGAGUUCAACAUGUAUUCUUUAUUGAUACGAUACUGGUUUUUUUUAAUUCUUGGCUGCCUACCUGGUUUCAAUGACGCCGUUAACCUUUCUGAAAACAUUCAAGGACAAUGCCUGACUGACACCCUCCUGAUCCAGAUCACAAAAACAUUCCUAGAUCUUUACAGCGUGGACAUUUCUGUUAGAGAUGACCAAGGUUUGGCUCAUCUGUUGGAGCCCUCCUUGAAUGCCAGGUGUGGUUACAAGCUCAAGAACUACAAAGGGGAUCUAACCCUCCUCGCUUCACUCAUGGCCUGCCAUCUAUAUUUGGAGGGUGAGCGGGUGCUGCUGACGAUCGAAGUGGAGUACGAGCUGCGGGGGAACUCCUCCGUGUCGGGGGCUGAUGUGUUCACCUUCACCUGUGUGCACAAGGAGCUGACGGUGAAGAGGAAAGUGUUCUGCGAAGAGGACUAUAUUGAGGUGUCCCUAAAGGUUGAUAUUCCUUUCCAGGCUGGUCUGCAUCACGCUCGGGACAAGGAGAGCCCUUGGUUUUUUGAAGUCCACUAUCCGGACGGCAGUAUGAUCAACGUGGACCAGCCUUGGAUAUUGAGUAAUGGCCUUGGUCUGAACAUCAGCAGUUAUUACGGCUGGAUCACCCUCAGAGUUCCCCACAGCAGCCCGAUCGUCGGGAAAAAGGCAAGACCUGAAGAGUGUGGAGAACUGUGCCAGCUGACCCAAUCUGUACAGGGUUAG